AAAUAGUUUUUCAAUUGGUAGAAAAGUUGAAAAUUUGUCGAAAAUUUCGAUUUAGUUUUACGAACUACAUACUCAGUGAACUGCCCAACAAUGCGGCAGCAGCGAAAUGUGUAUUUGUGAUAAAUAAUUUUGAAUAUAUGAGUGAAAGUUGGAAGUAGUGUGUAAACCAUAUCAACAAUUUCAUUCAUUUCUAUCGUGUCCCAAGGAAACCAGAAAGUCAUCAGAUAAAACAUUAUUGGUGACCCUGGAGGUGCCAACUGAAAUUCUAUGAACAAGGACGAACCAACUAAAACGGACGACGAUUCCAGGGUCAAUGAAGAAUCGUCGUCAUCCGGUGACAAAGAUACGGAAGAAUCUUCAAAAGUGUCAUCUCAGCAACAGCAUAACAUUCUGAUUGAAAAUAAAACCAGCCAAGUUUCGACGCCCGCUCUAAAUAAUAAUUCAACAGGAAUUCACCCGAAAGGCAGUACUGCAUCACCACUAAUCGGUACUGCAAGUUGUUCCUCGGCAAUAAUCAACAAUCACAGCGAAGCACCGCACGUGAGAUCCGAAUCCGGCGACAUGAAGCGAGCCUCAGCGAAAAAACUCAUCGAGAGAUAUUUCUAUCAGCUGGUCGACGGUUGCGGCAACCCCAAAUGCAACAAUAAAUAUUGUGCCUCCAGUGGAAAAGUAGAAAAGCUUAGCCCCAAUGCAGCAGCUGCACGUGCUAUUCAGCUGUUCACUCAAGAGGCUGAACUGUGCGAUACACACCCUCCAAAAGUACCGAAGACAAUGGCUAAUGCUUCUACUUCUGGUUGCGCACCAAACAGUGACGAUGCAAAUAGAAGUGGUAACUUGUCAGUCGCAAGUUCGUCCGGUUCUAGUUCCGGAUUAGACGAUUCGACUGCCAGUACUGAAGCUGGCACCGCGUGGGGUCUAUUAGGUAGGAACGUCGAUAUAGAAGAAGUAAACGACAGCUCUAAUCAAGAUAUGGAUUCCAUGGAUGAAGAUGAGCAGUUGAACGGACAAAAAAGUCAAAAUCACCCUUACGAAGGGGGAGGCGCUGAUACAACAAGCAGUCACAAUUACGCACUUCGCAGCAUCGCUCUCCAGCAGAGUGGCAGUAAGUCUGAAAGCGCUUCACCGAGUGGUAGCAGUGGCAGGAAAAAAACAACAUGUACGGCCGGCGGUAGUUCGAAGGAAUUCUCAAAAAAGCAUCGUGAUUCCUCGCCGGUUGAUUAUCUAGAUGAAGCAAAGCUUCGCGAUUUGAUAGCCGCAUGCGAGCGGGAUAAUUUAGAUACGCCAUUAAUUCGAAAAUUAGGUGCCAUCUUUUCCUCUUAUCAAUCGGUAGCGCUCAGUUUUCAGAAGAAACCAUGCUCUAGCAUCGACGUUAUGCUGGAGAAGGCACCGGAAGAUCUGAAAACUUUGAAAAAAGAAGAUUUACGAACCCUUGAGGGUGAUCUCGACAAGGACGAAGACAGUCUGGCAGAAAAAUUGCCAGAAGCGAAGGAAAAACACCACACAACGGUUGAUUUGGCUAGUUUACGUCGCUCAAUGAAAACGCUCUAUGAUCAGAAAAGUUCCGUUUUUGGUCCAAUUAACAAUGCCUUACAAUCACUCGGAGAGUCACUGAGCAUCGAGCUACGCGUGCAGCUCACUCAAAAGGAGGACAUAGAGCAGGUCAUCACCGUUUUCAUUAUCGUAUUCGAAGUGCUACAAAUCGGAACCGCUGAGUUUUUGGAAGUUUCCCUACCCCGAAUUUGCGCCGCUUUGUGUCAUCUACCGGUGUGGGCUCAAGCGCGGAUAGCUCACAUCUGGUCCGUGCACUGCAAGGACGGGCUUCAGCCACUACUGCAACUACUGCAGCAGCUAAUCACCAUUUCGACGCUCUCUUUGAACUACUAUCGGGAUGUAAAAAUCCACGACAAUGAGAUCGUAUGUAAUGCGACUAAAGUAAUGAAGAUCGUAUUCUACGCCAACAUUCUGGCCGGUGAUGUAGAACCCAAGCACUUCCGAGAGGCCGACCUCAGUGAUGUCGCACCACCAACCUACCUUUCGCUCAUUCCGGAAGACGACGAACCGCAGCUGUAUAGCAGUAAAGAGAAAAAGACCAAACAGCAAAAGUUGGAGGACCCGCUGGCCACCGAAUUAGACGUAAACAUUCUGGACUGCCGAAAGCCGUACGUACCGUACGAGGAGUUCUACAACGAACCGCUGUGCGACGUGAUCGAGAUGGAUCACGAUUAUCUUAACUACAAGAAUACUACCUCAGAGGGAGCGUUCUUUGCAGACUCGACGAAAAAAUUCAGUUUUAUGCUCUACUCCUUUAUUCUGACUCCAGCGACAAAAACGCUGGCGCUUUAUUAUGACUCAAGAAUCCGAAUGUACUCAGAACGUCGGCUCAGUUUCCUUCAUCAGCAGCUUGGUGGCGGGCUGCAGAGCGUUAAUCCUUUUCUAAAAUUGAAGAUUCGGCGAGACCACAUUAUCGACGAUGCGUUGGUAGAGCUGGAAAUGAUUGCCAUGUCUAAUCCAAAAGACCUCAAAAAACAGCUCGUAGUAGAGUUUUCCGGAGAGCAAGGAAUUGACGAGGGCGGUGUAUCUAAGGAGUUCUUCCAGUUAAUCAUUGAAGAGAUUUUCAACCCAGACUAUGGUAUGUUCAUCAACAACGAAGACACCAAUACGGUGUGGUUCAAUUCGACAUCCUUCGAAAACGAGGCCCAAUUUACGCUAAUUGGUAUCGUACUCGGAUUGGCAAUCUACAACAACAUCAUUCUGGCUGUGAAUUUUCCAAUGGUGGUCUACCGGAAACUGAUGGGAAUGAAGGGAUCCUUUGUUGACUUGUUUGACUGGAAUCCAAUUCUUUACAACAGCUUGAAAUCCAUGCUGGACCAUCAGGAAAAUGAUAUGGAGGAAACCUUUAUGCAAACGUUCAAAAUUUGCUACAAAGAUGUGUUUGGUAACGCACUGGACCGCGAGCUGAAAACGGAUGGAGACAAGAUCUUUGUCAACCAGGAUAACAAGCACGAAUUUGUCGAACUGUAUACGGACUUUUUGCUCAAUCAGAGCAUCGAAAAACAGUUUAAAGCAUUCAAACGUGGCUUCCAGAUGGUUACGGAUGAAAGUCCACUACAUUUGCUGUUUCGCCCGGAGGAAAUUGAGCUAAUCGUUUGUGGCAGUAAAGAGUUUGAUUUCAACGAACUGGAACAGUCGACCGAAUAUGAGGGUGGUUUCACCGCUGAAUCUCAAACGAUCAAGGAUUUCUGGGCUAUAGUACACGGGUUAUCGAUGGAUUCGAAACGAAAGCUGCUGCAAUUCACUACAGGAUCCGAUCGGGUACCUGUUGGUGGUCUGAGUAGACUGAAACUGGUAAUUGCUCGAAAUGGACCGGAUUGCGAUCGGUUACCGACUAGCCAUACAUGUUUUAAUGUAUUGCUACUACCCGAGUACGAUAGCCGUGAGAAAUUGGAAGAACGUUUGCUUAAAGCUAUCAACUACUCCAAAGGAUUUGGAAUGCUGUAGAAAGGGUGAAUAGCGUUCCCCCGGUUGCUCUAACUUUCUUCGAAGGCUAAAUUGCGAAUGCAAGGACAUUAUUUUGGAGACUCACUUCGAACACGUAUAUAUCAUUGUUUUAUUUUUUCCUGGAUUUUAUACCGCUGUGCGAUAUGUUUUAGUUCGUUACACCAAGUUAGUACGUGUGAAAAGAACAAGCUAAACCGAGGUUGAAUUAAGCGAAGAAUUUUUCAUUUUCUCUGCUCUUUAGUGGAACGAAGUUUCUUAACAUUCUUACAUUCUUACUGAUUUUCCCCAGGUGAAACAAUAAACAUUUGAACAAUGUGCCCG